AUGGUUUCAGAAUCACGUCAAGGGAGUGUGAGAAGUUAUUCGGUGGGCUAUCAAGCAAGAUCUAGAUCAAGCUCUCAGAGAAGACACUCGUUGACACGUCAGCGAUCUUCUCAAAGGUUGAUCAGAACCAUCAGCAUUGAGUCUGACGUUUCCAAUGUUACGGACGAUGACGACUUAAGGGCUGUCAACGAGGGCGUCGCAGACCUCGAAUUAGACGUUUCCGAAACUGCAAAUAAGGGACCAAGAAAAGCACCAGCGACAGAUGCCGCGGAUAGUGUAGGCUCUGCUUCAUCGGAAUAUAUUGAGAUUCCGUUUGUCAAGGAAACGCUGGAUGCAAGCCUACCCCUGGAUUAUCUAAAGCAAGAUGUCUUGAAUCUUAUUCUGAACUUGAAGAUAUCUAAAUGGUACAACAAUAAGAAAGUUCAACCGGUGGCUCAAGAUAUAAAUUUAAUUAAGAUAUCUGGUGCAAUGACCAAUUCAAUCUUCAAAGUUGAAUAUCCUAGGUUGCCGUCGUUACUGUUGAGAAUAUACGGUCCCAACAUCGAUAAUAUCAUUGACAGGGAAUAUGAAUUGCAGAUAUUAGCUAGACUUUCCUUGAAAAACAUAGGUCCUUCGCUUUAUGGCUGUUUUGUAAACGGUAGAUUCGAACAAUUCUUAGAGAACUCUAAAACUUUGACAAAAGAUGACAUUAGAAACUGGAAAAACUCUCAAAGAAUUGCAAGAAGAAUGAAAGAACUGCAUGUGGGUGUGCCGCUUUUGAGUUCGGAAAGAAAGAAUGGCUCGGCCUGCUGGCAAAAGAUUGAGCAAUGGUUGUGUACGAUUGAAAAAGUUGAUCAAUGGGUAGGAGACUCUGGUAAUCUUGAAAAGUCUCUGGUGUGUAAGGACUGGUCCAAGUUUAGGGAUAUCGUCGAUAGAUAUCACAGAUGGUUGAUUGCACAAGAACAGGGUGCAGACCGGGUUAACAAGAGUCUUGUGUUCUGCCACAACGAUGCUCAAUACGGUAAUUUGCUUUUUACAGCGCCUGUGAUGAAUACACCAAGCUUGUACACAGCGUCUUCUUCUACGUCGCUAGUUUCACAAUCGAGUUCCUUAUUCCCUUCGGACUCUAAUGUCAUUGUGGAUGAUAUUAUCAACCCGCCAAAGCAAGAACAAAGCCAAGACUCGAAACUGGUUGUCAUUGAUUUUGAAUAUGCAGGCCCUAAUCCUGCCGCGUACGAUCUAGCAAACCACCUCUCCGAGUGGAUGUACGAUUACAACAACCCUAAGACUCCACAUGAGUGCCACACUGAUAGAUAUCCUGAUAAAGAGCAAGUUUUGAAUUUCCUAUACUCCUAUGUUUCACAUCUAAGGGGUGGAGCCAAGGAACCCAUCGACGAGGAGGUACAAAGACUUUACAAAUCUAUCAUUCAAUGGAGGGCCACCGUACAAUUGUUCUGGUCGCUUUGGGCCAUCCUUCAAAGUGGCGAACUGGAAAAGGAAGAGGCCCUCACUGCCACUGCUAAAGAAGAAAUCGGCCCCAAUGGAAAAAAAUACAUCAUCAAGACUGAGCCUGAGCCCCUCGAAGAAGAUCUUGGCGAAAAAGAAGAUGAGCCUGAGGCCGGCGUUAGUAUCGACACGUUCGAUUAUAUGGCUUACGGGCGCGACAAGAUUGCGGUCUUUUGGGGUGACCUGAUUCGUUUGGGCAUAAUUACCAAGGAGGAAUGCGAAAAUUUCAGCUCUUUCAAAUACCUAGAUACUAGUUAUUUGUAG